CCUCUUGAAACGGUUACUAAAGAGAAAUGCAAAAUUAUUUUAUACUGGUAGAGUAUUGUUUGAAAACUUUAGAAUUUCUUUGCUGUGAGAAGGCCGAAGACGAGAAAUGAAAUGUCCCUUCCCAAGAGCCAAGUGGCCACAAGCAUCGGUACAGCGCCAGAUAUUUCAUUGUGUUUCCGUGCGUUUGGUCAGUUUAUAUGCAGCAAAGGUUUUCUUGCUUUACUGUCUUAUGUUACUUUGAAUGCAUGUAGUAAUGUAUCUUUAGAAAUUAAGUAGCCUUUGGCUACAUCUCUAAACAGUCUUCAAAUAUUGUACUUGAUUAGUCCAAUUCAAUUGGGCCUGAGCAUAUGAUGUCAAAAUUCGCUAUGACACUUAAGCUUGUGUAGAAAUUUCAGCAUUGGAUGGCCACUAUUCUUUCAUUCUAGCAUCUGUUCUUGCCUCGAUUUAGGACUAACUAAAGUCAGUCAGUCAGGGGUCCUUUAAAGUUAAGGGGAAUAUGUAAGCCUGCACAUAUUCCUCCAGUAUACUGCAGGCCAUUUGAAAUUGCUUCAAACUUUUGACAUGUAGAGCUAUACGGACAUGUUGCACAAAUAGCAUGAAAUCGCAGAAGCCAUGUGAAUGUCAAUGCAUGCGUAGGGGGAAAUUGUAAAGUUAGAAGGAGAGCGAGAAGCUGGAAAUUAUAAGGAAUUUAGGUGGCAUAGCAUACUAGAGCAGCUACAACAAAUAGCUUCGCGCUGCACUUUGUUUCGUCAAUAGGGAAACACCGCAACAAUGGUCAAUCUUCAGUGACUCGAAGGCAGCCCUACAAUCUGUGCUAUCAGCUCUGCGUCGCGGGCCAUAUGAACAGCUCAUAUUCGAUAUUAGAUACCUACUCCAUACAUCACAUGAGAAAGGACACCACGUGGCAUUUCAGUGGCUUCCAAGUCGCUGCGGUGUCGUAGGGAACGAAGACGCUGAUAAUGCCGCUCGAGCAGCUCUGGAUGACACACAGGAAGAGGCCAUACCACUCUCAUGGUUCGACGCAGCCAGCAGACUUCGAGUGCUUGCACAGGAGAUCACGCUCUCUCUAUGGUGCACACCAAGCGGCCAGACCAACCGGAGCAAUCAUCAAUACCACCUGCCCUCUUUGAUCCAUCUCUGUAUGGCAACUGGACUCCGCCGAAGAGAGGCCACUAUGCUUUAUUGCUUAUGGCUAGGGGUGGCAUUCACUAAAUCUUAUUCAUUUCUGAUUGGAAUGGCCGACAACGCUCUUUGCAAUGCCUGUCUUUGCGAGGAGACGCUAGAACACAUUCUAUGCGACUGUCCUGAAUAUAAUGUUUAGAGACAGUCCCUGGCGUCCGUUCUAGUGCACCUUGACAACAGACUAAUGUCAGUUGAAGUGAUUCUCACGUGUCGUCGACAGAAGACAUUGCAGCUGAAGGUGACGAAGGGACUACUUAGGUUUUUAAAAGAAACGGGCUUGGACAAGCGGCUGUGACAGUGAUGUCACGUACCACGCAAGAGUGACGGACUGUGACUGACAAUGUGUGUGCUGUGCUGUGUGCUCUCUUUCUCUCCUCCCCAUCUUUCAUUCCCCCUCAUCCCGCCCCCAUGUGUAGGGUAGCAAACCGGUUGCGCUGAACUGAUUAACCUCCCUGCCUUUCCUUCUCCACUCUUUCCUUGCAUACAACAAAUAGCAACCAUGCAAAGAGGGACGAGUUGGAAAUCCAUGCCAUUUUGCUCUUUCUGUGUGCUGCUACUUGUGCUUAGCUACAGAAUAGCUUGGGUGGUCUGCUCGAGAGGAACUAGUAUUGUAGGAAGUAGGAAUGCAAACAGGUGUUCCCACCGCUAUAGUUGAGCCAAUUGAGUUGAAAGUAAAGAUUUCCAUAAACUCAAUUACUGUGUUCUGAGCUGAAACUUGCAACAAGGAGGUCGCUCCUUUCAGCCCUGACGACCUUCAUUUGUGUCAUCAACAAGGUAAGGUAAAAACACUGCAGAUGUAUUGAAUACUUGAAUGCUACAUCCUACCGCCCCAAACAAAGCAAACAAAAAGAAACGCGAUUAUUCAUUUCGUCAUAACCUUAGUUGACUUAAAUAUUUCCUUUCACAUGUUCAGUAUUAAACUUGGCACUUUUCUUCUGCCUUUCAUUUUUUUUAAGAGCACAAGCAGUCUACUCUCCUAUCCACUAAAUCUGCACGUUUAGUGACGUCGCUGUAAACCUACGAUACCCGUGCGGCGAUGACCAAGGGAAAAUUAAAAGGUAUGUUUCAGGCAAGAUGGUGUGCAAUUGGGCUCGCGGCUAUCCGCUGGGCGCCUACGAGGUAAGUGUAUGACAAAGAAUGACUACGUACUCAACGAGAUCCAUUAACGCUGGUCUGCGUCAUAGUGCACAUUCGAGUACCGUGCAUGUUACAAUCAUCUCGCCGCGAACCAGAAGCGCAUUCAAGCUCUAUAAUAUUUCGCAGAGAGAUCUGCUUUGUAGAUUUACUGCGGACUAAGCUUUCCUGUAGUGUUGCUCAGAAAGGCAGAGUAAAACGUUCGCUGAUUCUCGGCUUCGCGGAAGAAGUAUCUAAAUAAUAGUGGUCGCACCAUGACCAACAUUGCGAGAGACAUUAAUUUUGAUCAUGUUUUGUUUCUUUCCUCCAUGAUUUUGAUCAUGGAGGAAGGAAACCCAGGAGAAGCCCCGGAAGUCACGUGCUGUUUUUCGCAAAGGAGCACUGGGACGGGUACCCCAAAUGUCAACGUUGCCAUAACAACCGCGCUCCUGAAGCUUUCGCUGCUGCUAUCGGCCUCUGAAAAGUGAGAUAAGAUUUUUCCGCUGGUGUCUUUCUCACAGCACCUUUUGUUCGCGAGAAAAGCGGACUUUGCAUUGUGGCGUGUAAGCUUGAAAGUUGUGUUUUGGGUCUGUGAGUGUGAGUGUCAGCCAGCAACAAACACACUCAACAAUCACGGCGCGGGUCUUCGUCGUCUUCUUCUACGUGCCGCGGAAAAACACAGGAGCGCGUCUGCUUCACUAAAACUGCUACAGAAGUUCGUAGGCUUUGUUUUGAUGCGCGUCGGCAGCACACAUUUCCGGUGGCUCGUAACAGUGCAAGUUCAAAGUUCGCGCCCAUCUGCUCCGGCGAGCUUCAGAACCCCUGAUUGGAGGCGCAGAGGGAGAUGACACACCAACAUGGCUGCACUUCCGGCUUAAAAAACGAGACGUCAGGGCCUCUCCUGUUUUGUUUCUUUCCUCCAUGAUUUUGAUCUUCACGACCGGAUUAUGUUUUUUGUCUGGCAACAAGGGUGCCCACUUCACUGCGUUGCUCCGUAGAGGGCGCUACAACGUAGGAGCGAAGUUGGUUCUUUAUUCUAUGAGGAGCCUGCCUAGUGGUUUAUGUGCAUUUACUUAUCGCUCAAUUUGCACGUGACGCAGUUAAAAACAGCUAGUUUGUUUCAGCGACGGCAAGGCAGAUCUGCAGUCUGUGUAAUGCGUGCUUGUGAUGGUUGUGAGCUCACGCGGUUAGCGAAGAACGAGCGCGCGUUUGCCGUCGUCGCAACUGCAUGAUCGACGUUCGUCACCGACGUUCGCAGAAACAUCGGUAAAGCGUCAUAUGGCUUCGUGACACAGGCACAAUUUUACUGCGGCCGAAGUGAUGGGAAGAAGGUGCUACGUUCCUCAUUGUAGGUCGGGGGAAAGCGCAUGCGAUGAGCGCGUCUCCAUGUUCAAGGUACCGUCAGACCCGAGUCGAUUGGAAGCGUGGCGCCGUGCGAUUCCUGCAGGAGGUAAACGGACGUUAUUACGCCCGGGCCACACUGUGUGCGAGAAGCAUUUUCGCGCGGAGCAAGUAUCGCGCGCGUAUUACUCCGAGUUAAACGGGCGCGUUCUGCUUAACGCUCUAAAAAAAAGAGCUGUGUUGUCACCUGGCGCUGUGCCAAGCAUCUUCCCGUGUUUACCAAAGCACUGCGCACGAGAAGAAAAGGGCGCAAAGCCGGCCCAAAAAAAGAACGCACCACAUCGCCGCCCGAAAUCGUCUGUCGCUGCGAAGCCUGCCAUCUUGAAGAACUCGGAAGCAACCAGUGCUGCACCAUGCAUAAAAAUCGUUCGGGAGGAACCAGACGUGUCUUUGAAGACCGAGCCUGACAACGCCGGUACCAGUACAUUCCACAAGCCUUAUAUAGAUGCUGCAGAGGUCACAAAGCGAGAUGGUAGAGAUUCCCCACCAACAGUAACCAGACAUCGUUGCUCGAAAACAUCUCCUGUUCCCCAGGUGUCUGCCAUCUCGAGGUUGUCGGAGGCAACUAACAGAGCAUCGUUCUUGCGAACAGCUUGGAAGGCACCAGACAUGCCUGUCAGGCUUGAGCGUGACGACACCGGUAAUGGUGAAAGUGCCACCCAUAAACCUUGUUCAAAUGCCUCGGAGCUUCCAAGCUCAAGUUGGGAGAAAAAUACUGCACUGACAGUAGCACAUAAGUACAGCUGCCCAAGAAAACCUGCUCUUGCAGCUAGGUCGUCCACUGUAAUGUUUAAUGUGGGCCACUCAGAAGCAGUGGGCAGCUGUGCAUCAUCCACACAACUUGGGCAAGAAGAACCAUACUUAGUCUUCGCAGUUGACCUCAAUGAGAACUGUAAUGGUACAACUACCUCACACGGAUUUCACUCCGACACUGCAGAGGUAAUUUCCAAUUUCAGACAGGCAGACGGAACUUCGAAGCUACACUGCUCAGCUGUGCCACUUGGUGAGACUGAUUGCAGCAUGCUCGACUGCUGCCCAUGUGAUGAACGCCUGCUCAGAUUUUCACUUCUGUUAAGUCGUGCACUGACAUUGCUGCUUCCAAGCAAGUCCUGGGCCAUACACAUUGUCGAAGACUUUAGCCCUGAAGCUGUGGUCAUCAGUGAAGUGGUCAUGCCAGUCGAUCGCCUUCGACCUCCCUUUCACAGAAAGGUUCUUGAGUUUACAGCUACAAGUGAUGAUUCUAUUUCAUUGAGGUCUUUUAUUCACAGUCGAACAGUCAGUCUCAAGAGCAUAGCUAGUGGGAACAUGCCCUUCCAUUCAUUAAGUGAAGUUGAAGAUGUCAUAGAGGACUUUCAUAAACUGCAUGUAUGUUUGGGUGGACCUAGUCUUGAAAUGUACAAUGGUAACAUGCAAUCUGCUUACGUUGACCAGUGUGGGAGGUGGCGACAUGAUUGUUGCACGCUUGUUACUGAAGAGGGAAGCUGCAGUGCCUGUCAGAAUUUGAAUUGUGUACUUGAUAUUAGUGAUAGCAAAAAGGAAUGAAGGGAUCAAUGAGAUAUGUAAGGCUAAGAAUUUGGUGUUUGAAAAAUGUAGUGAUUGAGGGCUGUUCAUUGCUGUAAAUGUACAUUUCAACGAGGGUAAAUACGAGCUGACCGUUGCCAGCAACAGCCAGCUGGCCUUCACUUUUUCUUUUUUUUUUUUUGUCGUAGGCUGUAGAUGCAAAUCUUGUGUCCAAAUGGCCUUUUACUGUGCACACUGUGAUAUUUAAAUAAUUGACAGUCAUGGAGUUGUUGGAGUCGUGAAGUGCAAGACUGCCGACUCGAAAUUAUUUUUUGUAAAGAAGCUGUAUAAAACUUACGGCGCUCAAGUGAGUGUUGUUGGGUGUGUUUUAAGAAGUCUGUUAGCGUUUUUCAAAGUUGUUUGCCAUUCUCGGUAGUCUCAAACUAAGCUGAGGAGAUGCUGGGCAACUUUUAUUUCUAAUAUGGUUUUUGUAGGCAGGGGCAGAAGAUGUUAUCUGUUGAUGCUAGUCUAUAAAAUGACUGUAGCUGUUUUAUUACAGAGCCACUUUUAUGGUUAAAAUAUUUGCAUUUUGCAACAUGCAGAGUUCACAGGCCAUGCUACUACAAGAAGGGCUGUUGAAUACCAUAUGGGUAACCUUUUUUCUUACUAGGCCAUAAGAAAUUGAUUCAUUUGGUCGAUAUAAUAAAAGUUCAAUGGACUGCCAAACAUUGACUUCAUAGUUCUUUUACAAGCAAUGCCAGGUGUUGUGUAAAUUGAAGAUGUCGUUUUUUUUUAAAUCAAAUUUGUGACUAACAGAAAAAUAAAAUUUACAAGAGAUAUAGUACAAACGGGCCUCCACUGUGUGUCACACUUCCCUAAUCAAACAAUGCAACAUAGACAUUUUCUUUGACCUGGCUUCUCAGUUUUUAAGGACGGCAGCGGUGAAAACUCUGCUAGUUCUGUCCGACUGCCCAAUAUUAUGCAGCAACAACUGUGUUGCUUUAAUGAUGCUUCAAACUUUGGCAUUCACACUGCAGUGUGUUUUGUUUUGAUUGUUAGGUUCAAAUAAUAUCAAGUGCGGCUUCUUUUUUUUUUUAUUCAUUAGUGUUUCAGCAGUAUAUGUACAACGUAUAUGAGCAAUUCUUUCCAUUGUGUGAAGUUCUCAAUCAGAAUUGAGAAUAUGCAGUUGUUUUCAGACCAACCUUUUAAAGAAGCUUGGCUGGGGGUUUGAUCUGUCACUCUAACACAGCCUGUGCAAAUGGUUUUAAUAUUUACUAGAUGUCAUGGCAUGCACAUGCUCUAUAGCGCUAGUUCAAGGUGCAUGGACCAGCUAGCUCAAUUUCAGAGAAAGGCUGAUAAAAUACAAAGUGCAUGUCCACUCUCCCAAAAGUCAUUGCUUCAAAAGUACACACACAGAGUCUGAAUGAAUUUUUCCUGCACGGUAACUUAUGGGUACCAGUAUUCAACAUUGUGGGGAUGUGCACGCACACAUCCAAAUGCCCUAGGAGCUGCUGCACGUGGCUAUCACGUGAUGAUUAUGCGCGGGCUCGCAGGAUGGCUGAGUGGAGAGGGCACUUUGGCCGCUCCCGCUACUUCUCGCGCCUCGCUACGACGCCGUGGCCAUGACAUCCCGUUCCCUGCUUCCCCUUUCCUUGAACCCGGGAGACUCCCUCUCCCCCGCUUGGGAGAAGCGUAGUUCCUCGGUGCGCUUUUCACUUUCGGCUGAAGAAAGUGCGACUGGCCGCAUCUCAAUUCAGCCGCGGAGACCGCCGUCCCUAGGGGAGACACCCAUCCCUAGGCAGGGUUACCGUAUAAGCU